AUGGAAAAGCCAAUUCUCAUUGAAUCCUUUCAACUUUUAUUCCCAAAACUUCACAGAGCUUAUCACGAAGCAAAACGGGAUCUUCAACUAGCUGAGACAUUUGAAGAGCAUGAGGUGACACCAUCACAUAAUCAUUACAUAGUUCCACCACCAGCGCAAUUACCAUAUCUGAACAGCUAUUCAAGUUAUUCAUCUCUUCCAAUGACACAUCGAAGCAUCCACAAGAGAUUCUUGACAGAUGAGAUUGAUGCAACUUUGGUGAACUCACUGCGACUCAUGGAUUUGGAAUUAAGAAGAAAAUAUCAAAGAACUGGUCAGAAGCUAGACGGACUUUGUGAAGAUCGAUUUUUCUGUGAUUUUGCAUUGAAGGGAAGAAACGUAAAUUCGGGUGCUUUGAAUAAAAUGCUUUUCAACAUUGCUUUAGUAACACCAGAAGAACAAGCCGACAAAAGUGGCUUAGGAAAAAUCUUUAAAGCAGUCAAACGUCUGAAUUGCGAUGUCUUCAAAUGUGACAAGAAAUUAUGA